AUGCAUCUGUCAUCUAUCGAUCGUCAUGAUUCCGUUUCCUCUGCUGAUAUUUCUAAUUCGCUUGAUUCUGAUUGUUUGAUUCAUCGCACCUCAAACUCUCAGAUAACUUCGGGAAAACAGUUCGGUGGAAGAAAAAGCACCGGCGAGUUGAAUAAUUACAAUGAAAAGAUUGUGUUUAGUUUCAUUAAUGCUGUAGUAAAACGCAAUGUCAGCCAAGUUUGCGGUGAUAGCCUUACAAAGAUCGGUCCAUAUUUCUUGGAUUACAAUACGAUUCCAGCUCAGAAGGAAUUUUUUAUCACAGCUUAUACAUCUGGUAGCGCGGAGCAGUUUUUUAGUAGGGAUCAAGAUCGCUGGGUGUUCCGAGCAUACAAAUGUAUCCAAGCAGCGGGAGAGGCGCCCUAUUCAAAAUCCGAGCAUCCGUUACAUUACUGCUUUGGUUAUAAUGAAAAAAAUGAAAAAAAUAAUGGAGUGGCAUAUGGAAUUUGUAUUCCAUCUACUUGUUAUAAUGAUCGAAAUAAGUUGCUGGAUGAAUGGCGGUCGAUGAUAUCCACUGAUGCUCUAGCAAUCGAUUAUACUUCAUGCACUAAAUCACGUCAUGACCAACAGUGGUACCAGAAACCAAUGGCCAUCGCGGAAUUUAUUCUGCAUCAAAAUUUCAUGUUACUUGUUGUAAUUGCCACUGUUUAUCAUAUAAAAAAAGGAAAGCAGAUCAGAAGCAGAUGGGUGGAAAUUUUGUUGGCCUUUUCUGCAAAGAAGAAUUUGAUGAAAUUAGUCCGAAUGCCAAAAGAUUCACAGUCAACGAUCACUUGUAUGUUCGGUAUGCGUUUCUUGUCCAUGGUCUGGACCGUUAUCGGCCAUUCAUUCCUUUUCGUGCAGGCUUAUUUGGAUAACGUGGAAGAAUACAAGAACGAUAUGGUCAAUCAUUUCUACAAUCAGUGGAUUACAAAUUUUACACUCGGCGUUGAUACUUUUUUGGUGCUCAGUGCUACAUUGACAGCUUUUACUUGGUUUAAAAAAAUUCACAGGAAUUUAUCAGAAUCAGUACCAACGUGGACAUCAUAUGGUUAUUGGUUACGUUACUACCGUCAUCGGAUCAUUCGUUUAUGGCCAGCUUAUAUAUAUGUGUUGGUGGAUGUUGGAAUGCGUGCAUCAAUUCAGCAUUUUCACCCGAUGUGGCCUCCCACUGAUCCCGCUGUUCAGUGUCCUAAACACUGGUGGGAAAAUGUUCUGUUUGUGAACAGUUUGUUUGAAAAUCGUUGCAUGCCGUGGACAUGGUACAUUGGCACCGAAUUCAUUUACUAUCUCUUGUCACCGAUAUUCUUAUUAUUGCUGCAUAAAGUACCGCGAAUCGGAUUCGCUCUCUCAGUGGUAACCAUACUGUCAUCUAGUUUUUUGAAUAUAUUUGGCAUGUUACAUUGGAACUUUCCGCCAACUCAGUUGCUCUGGAAACAACCGGAAAUUUUUAGUGCUGACUUUAUUAAACAUCACGUAUUGAUGUAUAUAAAGCCACAAUACCGAAUAGGACCGUAUAUUGUUGGUUUACUGUUGGGAUAUUAUUUAGUGAUUGUUCAGAAGUGUGCGAAACAAACACGUCAACGAAGUAUGAGAUUGCAAGCACUUGGCUGGACUUUUGCUUCCAUUGCUUGCUUCUGGGCCAUUUUUGGUAUAUUCUAUCAAUUUUUCUGCCUGAAUCCAGAAACGGCAUUUAUGCCCAGAUUAAAGUUUAAUGCAUCGGAUUCACGGGUGUAUACAGGAGUUUGCGCAGAUAAACAUCACUCAUUCGGUUGCAACAUUGGCUUUUAUAGUGUUGGGUUGGGAUUGGCGCAUGUAUCAUCUUUUCUAUGGCGGUUUCCACCGGACAGUGUUCGCCUCGGCAAUGACUUGGCUUAUUUAUGCUUGUCACACCGGCAGUGGAGGGAUCAUCAACAGAAUGCUCAGUAUGAAAUUGUUCAUACCAUUAUCAUCGCUUUGCUAUUCGGUGUAUUUGGUGCACAUGGUAAUGGUCACAAGAAUACUGCAGUGCAAUUGGCCAAAGAUUACGGAUCUAGAAAGGAUCAUCUUCCAGAAUGGUCACAAGAAUACUGCAGUGCAACUGGCCAAAGAUUACGGACUGCAGCAAUCUAA